UCACACAAAACGGAAAGGGCUGCGACCGUAGGACAUCAGUGAGGCCAGAGGCCACGAUUACACGAGUUCACAAUCAACUACCGCACCUGCCUUGGCGUGAGAUUGGUGGGAUCUGGUGUAAGACGGGCGAAAACUUGCCGUGGCUGGUGUCCGUCAGGCAGGGCAUUUGAGAGGCCGCGCUUUGCAGCAGCCGCUGACGGAGGCGUCCACACGGCGGGCAGCAUGAGUAGGGCCAGGGUGUACGCGGAUGUGAAUGUCCACCGGCCCCGAGAGUACUGGGACUACGAGAGCCUGGUGGUGAACUGGGGGGAUCAGGAGGACUACGAGGUGGUUCGCAAGAUCGGCAGGGGGAAGUACAGCGAGGUGUUCGAGGGGAUGAACGUGCUGAACAACACCAAGUGCGUCAUCAAGAUCCUAAAGCCGGUCAAGAAGAAAAAGAUCAAGAGGGAGAUCAAGAUCUUGCAAAACCUUUGCGGGGGCACCAACAUCAUCCAGCUUCUGGACGUGGUCCGUGACCCGCAGAGCAAGACGCCCAGCCUCGUGUUCGAGUACAUCAACAACACGGACUUCAAGGUGCUCUACCCAACUCUCACCGACUACGACAUCAGGUAUUACAUCUUCGAGCUGCUCAAGGCUCUCGACUAUUCGCACUCCAACGGAAUCAUGCACAGAGACGUGAAGCCGCACAACGUGAUGAUCGACCACGAGCAGAAGCAGCUCAGGCUCAUCGACUGGGGGCUGGCGGAAUUCUACCACCCGGGUAGGGAGUACAACGUGCGGGUGGCGUCGCGUUACUUCAAGGGGCCGGAGUUGUUGGUGGACCUGCAGGAGUACGACUACUCGUUGGACAUGUGGUCAUUGGGCUGCAUGUUCGCAGGGAUGAUCUUCCGGAAGGAACCUUUCUUCCACGGACACGACAACUACGACCAGCUCGUCAAGAUCGCUAAGGUGCUGGGUACCGACGAGCUAUUCAACUACCUAGAUAAGUACGAGCUGGAGCUCGACCCUCACUUUGACGGCAUCAUGGGCAGGCACAGCAACCGCCCGUGGCAGAAGUUCGUCAACACGGAGAACCAGCACCUCGUCUCCGAGGACGCCAUCAGCUUCGUGGGACAGCUGUUGAGAUACGACCACCAGGAGCGCCUGACGGCGAAGGACGCGAUGGACCACCCCUACUUCCAGGAUGUGCGCGCGAUGCAGGGGAAGCCGGUCGCGGCGCACAACGAGGCCUCAGAGCAAAGCCGCGAGGCGGCCGCGCAGGCGCAGCAGCUAUCCGAGGGGGCGGCGCAGGCAACGUCAGGCAACGCAUAACGAUAAUGACGAUGAUAAUGGUGAUGAAAUUGGGUCUUCUUUCGUUUUUUUUGCGUCGCAUAGAUGUGCAAUGGGGGUCGGGUGAGGGUGGGGGUCAUAUGUUCAUUCAACCCGCGGGUUUUUGCCUCAAGCGUUAGGCCGUGCUUGGCAUGGUGUUGUAGUAGCGAAAAAACAAGGGGGGCGAGCGCUUUGGUCCCGUGCGACGACGGCUGGGACGGUGAUAGCACCCGGCGGUGUAUCGAGUAGUUCAGCUUUUGUUUGAGUGUGUGUAGGGGGGGGGGGAGCGUUGCUUCUAACAACCUUCCGUCAAGGUCACCACCAGCGAAAAGGAAGAAACGGUUGCCGCAAGGCCCGGCAGCGACUUGACGGUGAAGUUGGCAGUGGCCCCAGGGUUUACAACAGAAAAUAUUGGCGUGUUCUUUUGUCGAUUUCUUGGAGUGAUGAUGAUGGUCUGAGCUACCGUUCAUGUUUAACCGCGUGCCAAUACCGUGGUUUUCUGGGUAUUCUCAAGUGCUUUAUUCCAGCCAUUCGUUUCUGUCGUGCACAUAAUGAACAGAGAACCGUUCGAGCCGGUUUUUUUUUCGUCCUGGUCGGACUUCGAGACUCCGCGUGGAGUUUUUUUUCUUUUUCCUGACCGGACUGCCUCAUGAGACUCCACGUGUGUCGAGUCUUCGAAGCUUCGGAACUCACGGAGAACAGCAUUGUUUCGCGGGAUGGGUUGGAAACGGGAGCUGCUAGCCUGGCUUGGCUUGUGGCUUCUACUGUUCCGCGCGUUGCGGCGUGGGACCUGCCGCGAGGCAAGACAGAAACGCGUUAAAGAACGUUUACACCACUUCGAGCGUUAUCUUGUAUUUUUUGGGGUGGGAUGGUGGGGCGUGAACGAAGAGGGAGAGUAUCCGUUCCGGGUGGGGAACACACGGCUAACGUGUUCCGAUGCUCCCGCCCGCCCCCCCCAGCGGCAUGCCAUGGUCGUGCACGCCCUGUGCGCUCCCCUUUGUGAUUGGAAUAUGCCAAGCGAGGGCGCGUGCGUGCGUGGUGAGGGUUUCUUCACAGGCAGGCAGGAAAGCAGGCAUUCUUCUUUUUUUUUUGCAUGCGGGAUUGUCGAGUCUACAGCGGGGUGAAGAGGACGAGGGCCGCGGCCGAGAGUUUUCCUGGUGUCGUUCAACACCGACCGGCCUGGUGUGUAUUAGGUUCACGUCGCUGGGUUCAGCGUCAGGCAUGGUGGUAGUGCAUGGUUGUAAUCAACGUCAUGGAUUGUGCAUGCACGUGUUCCCCCUGUGGCUGCUGCCGCAGCAGAGUUUGUCGUCGCUGGUUUUCUUUCUGGCAGCCGGGGAGGGAGGUUGCUUGCGGCGGAUCCCACCCCGCGUACAACAUCUGUCUCGUCCUCUUGCAGUCGACGAGGGCGGAACGACGACGACGUGUUCCACUACCGCGAUGAUGUAUAAUUUCACCCCCGACACAGCUACAGUAGUGCCCGGUGUUGAAAAUGCGCGUGCUUCUCCGGAAGACCGCUCCGCGGGCCGCACACCAUCCGUUCACGUCCGGUUUGGUGAACUUGUCCUCAUUACACGGGAUGAGACCCCUCCCCUUCAGUGAAUUCCGCCUCCUGUGGCGGGCAAUACUCGAGGUGUCGGCUUCGCCACCCGCGUACUAGUUGCUUAGCCAAUAUUAUACUUUUAGCCUACACGCCGAGGGAGGCAUGCUGCUCCUCUUUGAAACAUCUUUUGAGUUUCACCCCAAACCUCAGGCCAUGCCCCCGAACACAGAUUAUUGACUGUGCUCGGGCGAUGAGGCACGACCAGUGGACUCCCGAAACUGUUUACUGCAUACACCGCCAGAACACACAGGAGAGAACUGGUCACAGAAUGAGCCGACCGUUGACUCGGGAAAGGAAAGCGGCAAGUUCCCGGUGGACACAUCAUGCACGGGGGAAACAACAGCAAACCUGAACACGUGUAACUAGGACGAAGAACACUAUGGAUGUGCAAAAAAUAUGUCCAACUCUUACGAAGGAUCUGCAUUUUGUCCGGAAACCAGAGAAUCUUGCAAAAUCAGGUAGAAAUUCCCGGGCAAACAGAGAGCAGCUGCGGUUUUCGAAAUCAACCCUUGUGGUCGCGGAAAGGAACAGCACUGGCUUCCACCUAGAAUACAUGAUAAACCGUGGCCCGCCUGGCACGACUUCUAUUUCCCCCCAACUCUGCUCGCUCCCUGCUCCACGGUUCCUAUCUUGAGGUCCACCUGCAGCUCUGUAGCGGCUCCGGAAGCUACUCCGUCUUCCAUCAUGAUCUCUAUCGGGUAUGGUGGCGGCAUUUAGACUACUCUUUUGAACACUCGUCGUGGUGAUUUCUUCGCGUUCUCGGUGAAACCGUACCGGAGGGCUCCUCCCUUGGUCUGUACCUCCAGCAACCAACCGAAUGUCCAGUCUCAUUGUCGCGCGCUACAUAAAGCGAUCGACGAAGAGGAGAUGCAUGAGUCCAGGCUGUACCGAUACUUCGAAACUUUUUGAAGCAUCGCGAAGCGAUUCCGGCGAGGCGGUUGGGUUGUAACCUCCUUGUGAAUCUUUUUGCAAAUCGGACCAACGGCAGAGAUUCAGCAUUGCUGUGAUAAACGUCAUGUUGAUCUGUUGUGCAUCCUCUUGAACAUCGAAUACCGCUCAACGCUGCGAGCGACCUCUUGCGACAAGAUCUUCACUCCUCGCGUUGGAGGUGCCAAGCGGCAGCGAGGACAUGGUCCGCAUGUCCAUUACUGUUUCUGACCACAGCUAUUUUGUGUUCUAUUGGCUUUCCUCAUCUUCAUCGCCUUCUUCCUCCUCUUCGUCCUCGUCCACUUCGUCCUCCUCUUCUUCCUCGCAAUCGUCUUCCUCCCCGCCUGACGACGAUUCGUCUUCACUGCCGUACUCGUAUGAUUCGUUG